AUGGGCUCGUUUAUGGAGGAUCUCUGGUCUAGCAUCUUUACCCCGGGUCCCACCCCCACCCUCCUCAUCGCAACCAACGUCACCUUCGCCGCCCUUCAGGCCCUCUUGCUCGCCCUCCUCCUGGCCACAUACAGCAUCCACUUUAUUGUCCUAUCCUUCUUGUCCGGUGCCCUAUGGUGGUCCAUCAACUGGUUUGCUCAGGAGCUGAGGCGGGUGCAGGUGGAGGAAGCGGAGAAAAAGAAGCAAUCGGAGGAGGAGUCUGCAGAGAGCCAAUCCGAGUCAGACGGCAAUCGGAAGACCCCGGCUACUCUCGACAGUGCCGAAAGUGAUACAGAGACGGAAAGCCUGCCCGAGCGCAAGGGUGCAGCUGCCACCGCUUCCGCUCCUCGGUCUAUUGCUGCUUCGGCAACUCUGCAGCCACCAGAAGAGCACGGCGGAGUUCGGAAGCGCCUGAGCAUGAGCGGCGACAGCUCAGGUUACCAAACACUCCACACCAGCCGCCGACGCGUCUUCGGCUCCGUCCUCCCCCCCGCGUCCCUAGAAGAUUUCCCGUCCGCGGGCGCAAUCGGGCCUACGACCUCCAGCCUCUUCUCCAACUUCUCCUCGAGCCUGAAAUCCCGUGAUAGCACAUCCCUGUUCCGCUCUUCGAUUACAUCCGAUAAAACAGACGUCGACGAGCCAUGGUUGGACCAAGCGACAUGGGGCCGGGCCUGGCAGGCCGCGACAACGUUCCUCUCCAUUCCGGAUCGCGGGUUUGAAGUGCUCCUACGAUAUGAAGAGAUAGGAGAAGCGGAGUUCUUGCGACUGUCAAAUCGGGAUAAGAAACCGUCUCGGGAGGUGGUGGAGGCGUUUGCAUACUUGAUCAAGUUUGCGGUGGGGUUGGAUGUGGAGGAUUUGCAGAGAAGUUUAUUGGAUUGGUAUGGGUAUGAGAUUCGGAGACACUUUUUGAGAAACCUUAGGGGUGGGCUGUUCAAGGUGGGUUCUGAGCGAAGUUAUGCUCGUUUAAUGGUGCUGAUCGGCGGACUGCUGCAGAAGAUUGUGCAGUGCUUGCAGCUGACGAGGAGAAUAUAUUUUGCGCCUCUAGUGGAGUUUCUGCUGCCGCUGUUGGAUGCCGCAGAGCAGGAGGGCGUGUUCUUCAAACUGCGUAGGGCAUUUCAUAUGAUGGUUGCUUAUGCGUUGCCGUGGUCGUUGAGAUCGACGCUGCUGACUCGGGAGAUUACGACGGAAGCUCUGGUUAUCUUGGGGAUUGAUACGCUGGGUGAAGGGGGAGACGCAGAGAGCGUCGAUAACAUGGAGGUCGAUCGGCGAUAUUCGGUCUCGUAUCAGGAUUGGCGUGAUGAGCCGUCUAUCGCAGUCAGGGUGCAGUUGAUGGCGGAGGAGGACGCGCGUGUCAGUGCAGCUCGGGAACGCCUGUUGGGGCUCUUUGAUGGGUUGCAGCUGGUUGGUAUGGGCGGCGACAAAGCGCAAAAAGUCUUUGCUAGUGUGAUGAAUACUAUGCUGAGCGAGUUUAUUCGCGCGGCGUAUACAGGACAGUGGGAGGGGCCGUCAUUCGUGUCCCAUCAUCUGCGACACUGGAUUGAGAACGUGUUUGCGCGCUUGGUCGUGCAGGUUUUAGCAAUCAUUAACGUACCAGACUCGGGGACCAGGGAGCCAGAUGGUCUUGAUGUCAGUCUAAAUGACGUGGAGAAGUGGCAAGAGAUCGGGAUUGCUCGUUUGGGGGCACUGCGGACAAGCGAGCUCUUCGAUGUGAUUGUCGAGUGGCCUGCGAGCAGCGGAGCUAUUGAAGAUUUACGACACUUUACUACGUACCCAGCAGCGCGGUCUCAUCUGACGCACUCGUUUAUUGCCGUCCUCAACCAGCGAUUGCUACACCCGGGCGCCUCGACGGUGGAAAUUCUGCAGGUGUAUAUCUCUAUCAUACGAUCGUUCAAUCUGUUAGAUCCCAAAGGGGUGCUUCUGGAUCGGAUUGCUCGGCCCAUUCGCAGAUAUCUUCGCGACCGCGACGACACCGUCAAGGUUAUUGUCGGGGGUCUCUUGGCUGAUCCGGACGCGGAUGGACAGACUGCCACUCAUACGGACACGCUGGUGGAGUUGUCGGCUGAACUGACCAAAGCACACCAGAACUCCCUGCGGGCUGAUAGCGGGGAAUUAGACUGGGAUGACAUGAACUGGGUCCCUGACCCGGUCGACGCGGCACCAGAUUACCGCAAGUCGAAAACAUCGGAUGUCAUUGGAAGUCUUAUCAGUCUGUUUGAGUCCAAGGAGAUGUUCGUCAAGGAGAUGCAGAACAUGCUGGGCGACCGACUCAUACAGAAGCGCGCCGAAUUCGACCAAGAGAUGUCUGUUCUGGAGCUUCUCAAGGUGCGCUUUGGUGACAAUGCCCUGCAAGCAUGCGAGGUCAUGUUGCGGGAUAUUUUCGACUCGCGUCGCGUUGAUGCCGUCAUCCGCAAUGAUCAAGGGCUGGAUUCAAUACAAAUGCCAGUUACGCUUACAACGGAGCCAGACGAAGAGAUGCCAGAGUUGCAUGCCAAGAUUCUUUCCCACUUCUUCUGGCCUGAGCUCCAAGGACCGGAAUUCAGGGUUCCCGAUGAGAUUUCUUUCCUGCAGGAGCGGUACUCACAAGGGUUCGGGUCACUGAAGCAGUCGCGUAAGCUCACUUGGUUGAACGGGCUGGGACAGGUCACUGUCGAGCUGGAUCUCGAGGACCGCGUGUUUGUGGACGAUGUCACGACCUGGCAAGCCACUGUGAUCCAUGCGUUUAAUUCGGGAUCGGGUGAGCCGGUGACGAAGACCACCGAGGAUCUCGCCUGCGAACUUGAUAUGUCACUUGCUCUCGUGCGCAGCGCGUGUCUCUUCUGGAUGAGCAAGCGCAUCCUCGUGGAGACACCGCGGGAUACAUACCACGUAUUGGAGAACCUACCGAGCGAGGAGGGCAACGCAGCCGCAGAUCCGGGUGCAUCUGGCGCAGGCAUUGCGGAGGAUCAGUCUGCGGAAACAGCCCAAGCCGCCGCCGAGGCCGAUGCAGCUGCAGCCGCAGCCGCCAAAGAAACAGCCGAAGCGGCAGCCAUGGAGAAGAUGAAUCUGUACUGGCAGUUCAUCAUGGGCAUGCUGACCAACCAGGGCGCAAUGCCACUGCAACGGAUCGUGAUGAUGCUGAAGAUCGCCGUCCCGGGCGGAUUUCCAUACAGCAACGAAGAGCUCCGAGAGUUCCUAGCGGGGAUGGUCUCUAAGGGCAAAUUGGAUAUUGUCAGCGGGGGCAACUACAAGGUCGUGCAGUAA